AUACCUCUUAUUAGAUCAUAGCAACUUUCUCUCACCUGACAGGUAACUUUUAGCCUAAACGCUGGAUUGCAACACGACAAAACGCGCGACAAAAACCCAGUUUAACGAAGUUUCGACGAUGUGAAUCGACUAAAAGUAUGAAUGUGGACUUUUCAGGGAAAAUUACAGGAUUGCGGUCCUCGAAAAUGGCUUCCUUGAGCAGGAGGAGUAGUUACAAAUAGUGAGGCUCUUGUUUGUGCAACUGGAUAUUGACUAAAUAAAAUACUUUCAAAAUGGCUGGCCAAGGUGGCUUCGCUGUGGAUUUGAAUGAUAUGGUGGCUUUUUCAUCUGAUGAUUCAAAUGCAAAGCCUAAAGUGGCAGAAGGUAAAAAGCCGCAAGACAGUGACACCAGUGCGGAGGAGAGAAGGGAGAGUACAGAUGAAGAUGAUGGUGAGGAGGAAGACAUGAUAAGCUCUGCUCUUUUGGAGGCAGCCACUUUACCAUGGCCUGGAGGCAAAGAUAAGAAGGUGCUGUUGGACCAGGAGGAUGAUGGGCUUGAGGAAAAGGACGCUACGAUAAGCCAGGGAGGAAGUCAGGACCUAUCAGAGAAGGGAAGCCAACCGAAGGGUGAUGUGAGGAGCAAAGCAAAGUGGAGAGAGAGCAUGCCUGAGGGUGAUAGGUGGAGGGACGAUGAGAUUGAGCUACGGAAGAAUGACAAUGGGGACGGCUCACUUGCAGAUGAUGAGGAUAAGAAGUGCAUUCAUUCUCUGGAUUUAACUCCACGUGUCACGAUUGUGUGUCCAACCACCAAGGAGCUCCCUGAAGAAAACCAGUACAGGGAGGAGGUGGAGAGAGAGCUGCAGAGGGAGCACGACACUGAUCCACAAUUGUACCCCGGGUGGGAAGAUCUGGAUGACAAGUACUACACGCAGGAACACAUCUGCAGCGAGAAGCUGAGGCUGGUUUUAGCCACGGCGGCCGCAGCGCUUGUCUUCCCCCUGCUGGUGUGGGGUGGAUAUGCUCUGCUUCCUUUUGACUCCCCACAGCUGGAGAGCUCCACCCUCAGACUGCUGUACACACUCCGCUGCGCCUGUUUUGCCAUCAUUCCCAUCAUGCUCGGUGUGGUGGUCCAGGGAAUCGCGCGGUUGCGCUUCAGCGCCAACAAACCCCUCUUUCAGAGCUAUCUUGUGAACAAGGAAGUGCUGGUUCACUGGCACUACGUCAACGAAUCGCUGUCUCUCUUCCUCUUCUACUUCCUGCAACUUGCUGUCAUGGCAACCUACAUAAGCCAGGACCUGGUUAAACUGGUGCCGCUGCUCGCCAUCAUAUUUGUUUUUGGCAGGCUCAUCUACUGGCUCUGCCUUGCUCUGGACAGCUGCAUCAGAGGCUUCGGCUUCGGCUUCUCCUUCUUCCCCAUGCUGGUAAUGCUGGGCGCCAACCUCUACUACGUGUGCUCGUCGGUCGGACAGGGCUCAAUCUUCAACGUGGCGCCGCCCGCGACAGAUCCUCCGCCCACACUGCGAUGGUGGUUUUAAAAGAGGCGCCGUCCAAAACGUGAUGGAUGGACGAUCAGAUAGAUAGAUGGGACAAAACAGAACAACCGAUGGAUGGAUGGAGCAUGGAGGUCAGUCAAUGCUAUCAAUUCCUUCAUCCUCCAGAACCUGUCCUCAAACUCUUGCCGCAUGAGGCUGGGCAUCAUUAUGCACCAUUAGGAACCCAGGACCCACUGGAUCAGCGAAGGGUCUCACAACGGGUCUAAGAAUUUCAUCCUGAUGCCUAAAGGCACCGUGGUGUACAGGUCUGUCCAUGGAUGUGCCUUCUCAGACCAACGCUGACACAACACCAAACUGAUCAUGCUGCACCAUGUUGCAGGCAGCAGGAUGUUCACUGCAGCUUCUCCAGACCUCAGAGUAAACCUGCCCUCAUCUGUGAAAAAAACAGGGCCAUUGCCAGUCGAGCUUCAUGGUGCCGGGCAGUGAGAACAGGCCCUACUAGAGGACGUCGGACGACAUUCACGCCAGUGGCCCGCUGCAGGUCAAUUUGUAGGUCUCUGGAAGUUCAAAUUCGGUUCCUCCUUGCAAAAAGAAGCAUCUACUAGUCCUGCUGAUGGGUUGAAGACCUCCAACAGCCCUGUCCAGCUCUCCCAGAGUAACUGCCUGUCUCCUGGAUUCUCCUCCAUGCCCUUCAGACUGUGCUGGGAGACACAGCAAACCUUCAGACAUCGGCACGUAUGUGGAGUUGGACUGUGUCUGUAGGGUCCAGGUGCGUCUCCAUGCUACCAGUAGUGACAGUGACCCUGGUGCAAAACUACUGAAAAGCUGUCAGACAAAAUAAGGAGGGAAAAAUGUCUAACCUCCACCUGCUAAACUAUUCCUGUUUUUGGGGGUUGGACCUGUUGUUAAUUUAAAUAACGCCAAAACAACUGACACUCAUUACCAACCUCCUCUACUACCGAACUGACUAGAUCAAUAAUCCAGAAGUUUGAUUAGCUUGAUAUUAUUAAAAAGUGUCCCUUUGAUUCUUUA